AUGAAAAGUGAUAAAGACAAGAUCGACUAGAUUAUCAAUUAAUUUUAUGGAUCAAAAGUCAUUGAGGAAUUACCAGAAGAAGAGCGACAAUUUGAACUAGUUAUUCAAUAACCUGAUUAAACUUUAAUUUAAAAGAUGCUUGUAUAAUAAAUUCACAUUCUUUUACUUAGGACGAUAGUUUGUAGAAGAGAUAAGAGUUUGUUUAGAGUGGCGAGUGCAAAGAGUAUUCAUAAAUGCUCAUUAUUUCAUAAAUUCGAAUGGACUUUACAAAUGAUGAUCCAUUUCUUAAACAUUUAAUAAAUGUCGAAAAAGCAAUUAAGAAGGCAAUUAGAAACAUUCUUCUGCAACUAUAGAAAUUAGAUAGCAAAUAGUAAUUUAAGGAUGCCUGUGAUAAAUUAAUAAAGAUAUUUUAUUAAGAUAUUAAUAUUGGCUUUAUAACAUCGACAGGAUAAAUCAAAUCUACUGCCUAUGCUUUUAUAUCCAAAUCGAUCAUUGAACUAAUAAAUAGAAAGAAAAUCAAUUUGCAAUUUAAAAAGAUCCCUUUAAAAAUAACCUUGACAUUUUUUGCCGUAGAUUCAUUACAACAAAUCAACCCAGUACACAAGCAAUAUGACCCAAGAACUGCCUUCAUAAGAAACAAUAAGUUCUUUAAUGAUUACUUGAUCCUGUCACAGACCAAUCAAGAUGAAUUAAGAAGCGGAGUAUCAAUAUUUUUUGUCUAUCGUCCAGAAGAUGAUCAAAUCUAUGCUCUCAAAAAAGUAUGUUUAAUGAAUAAUUUAGAGCAAAUUAUAAGCAACUCAUCUGGAUUUCUUUUCUGUCUUCUCUACAACAGCCUCAAAUACCCCCAUUACACCUGAUAUUAGAAAGAUCAGAGAAGCCAAAAUACUGUCAAAAUUGACUCACCCAAAUAUUCUAAGGUAUUUUAAUCUUGAUCACAUAGGCUGUUUGCCUGGUGGAUAGAAUCAACCAAUGAUGGAUAUUAUCUAUACAUGCAACUUGAGUAUUGUUCCUUUCCUGGCUAUAAAUAUCAACCAACAGAUUUGCUCACAUUUUCCUAUUAUUACUUAAAUGUUAUGCAGAAUUAAGAAAAGAUUAAUAAGAUUAAAUCUAUCCUUAAUCAAAUCUUAGAUGGAUUGGAAUACAUUCAUUAAAGAGGUAUUAUCCAUAGGGAUUUGAAACCUGAGAAUAUUUUCGUCACAAUCAAUGUCAAGGGAGAUUUAUAAGUAAUUGAUGUUUAAAAUUAACUGGCUAGGUUGCAUUGGCAGAUUUUGAUUAAGGAAAAGAUGUCAGAGAAGAAAAACUAUCUAUUAUCACUGACGAAAGACUCCCUGAAGAGGAACUAAAUUCUAUCAAGAGUCAGAAUACAAUAACAACUGGAACCAUUGGCUAUUAAACUGCAAAUUAUACUAAAGAUUCUCAUUAUGAAAUGGCAGAUGAAUUCUAUGCAAUCGGAAUCAUUUUGUUACAUCUUGUUAUAGCAUUCCCUGGAGAACCUAAAAAUAGAAACUUGUAUGCUAAAACUUUCGUGAUGGCAAACUCAAUUAAAGAUGUUUUAUCAUUAUUCGAUUCUUGGGCUAAUAAAUUUGUAAAAAAUAAAAGUCCUGACUUUUCAUUCACACAUUAUCAAAACGUUAUGGAACUUGCAAAACUUCUAAUAAGUUCAAGAAAACUAACUCAUGCAGAUGUGCGAAAAAUGAUUAAUGAAUUAUGA